AUGCGUCGAGCCUUCGCUCUGACCACCGGUCUCGGGGCCCUGUGUUUCGUGUUCCUGUCGCGCUACACGACCGUGCUCCCCUGGCUCAGCUGGUGGAAGUCGGUGCGCUCGGAGGAAGACGAGGACCUGGAGGCCAGCGGCUACCUGAUCCGAACGCCAGAGUGUCACAUCCCCGCCUGGGACCCGUUCGACCCCAGCGUGGCACACCUGUACCGCAAGGUGGCCGACUUCGUGUGCCCCGGAAGACCCUCCUUCCUGCGCGUCCGUCCCAACGCGGUGCUGAUGGCGGACGACGCGCUCCUCUGGCGUUACUACAAGCUCAAGCACUCGCAAGUGAAGUGCACCUACAGGGAAGUGUACAGGACGCCCAACGCCCCGGCGCACGUGGCCGACGAUCGCUACAACCUGAGUGCUCCGAGGCAGCUGACCUUCGGUAAACCGCUGAAAGUGCACCACGCCAUCGUCAACUGCUUCCACGACCACAAGGAAGUGCUAGUGCAACACGUGCCUCUCGUGCCUCUGUCGCCGGAGCUGGAGCUGAAACUCACGAAACUCCAAGAGUCUUCCGAAAACUCGGCGGCGGUGAAGUUGAACGUACUCAUGGUGGGCGUGGACUCUAUAUCAAAUCUCAAUUUCGAAAGGCAUAUGCCAAGGACCAAAGGCUUUCCUAAAGGAUGUUCUUGGGCGGUACAACUUCACGGCUACACCAAGAUAGGUGACAACACGUUCCCCAACAUAGUGGCACUGCUGACGGGGCACUUCCUGGAGUACUACUGGAACGAAAGUAUGUCCAGGUUCACGUUCGACGGGCUGGCACUUCGUGUGGAAAGAUUUCGCCAAGAGGGGGUACCGCUCACUGUUCGCAGAGGACGCGCCUUACACCUGCUCGAGCGCCUCUACAGCAGCGGGGCACUCAAGAACACGCUACUCGUGUUCUUCAGCGACCACGGUCUGCGCUUCGGGCCCAUACGCUCAACGUUCGUGGGGAAGCUCGAAGAGCGCAUGCCCAUCAUGUUCCUCGCCUUCCCAGAAGCCUUCGCGCAGCAGUACCCGGCCGCGGUUGCGCGGCUACGGACCAAUACUCGGCGACUCACGACGCCCUUUGACGUACACGCGACGCUGCAGCACUUGGCUUCGUUCCCACCGGAACAUCCCCACCGGACGAUGCACGGCCUCAGCCUGUUCCACGGGGUGCCGUUCAACCGAAGCUGCGACGACGCGUUCAUCUUUCCGCACUGGUGCACCUGCCAGAACAGGACGGUGGUGCCGGUCAACGAUCCCGGUGUGAUCAACGCCUCGCACGCGUUGGUGAGCGCCGUCAACUCUCAGCUCGAGAGCAGGGCCGAACUUUGCAGCCCGCUCGAGCUCGACAAGGUCGUUGACGCGACGGUGUCGCAGCCCAACGAGAAGGUGCUGCGCUUCGUGCGCCACUACCACGACGUCAUAGGUCGCGGAGUGCAGCUUGGAAAGCGAGUGACCGCGCCGCUGGACUACAUGGUCACGGUGAUGGUGAAACCCAGCAGCGCACUGCUAGAGGCCACCAUUCGCUACUACGAACCGACGGAACAGUACGUCGUGCUCGGUGACGUAAGCAGGUUGAAUAUGUAUGGCAGUCAGGGGGAGUGCAUAUCGGAUGCGGUUCUGCGUAAGUUCUGCUACUGUAGGACGCAAGUGAACACUGAUAGGGGACCAGGAUGAAGCACGUCUUGCAGAGAAACAAACACUGGUCUUAAACACUGACGACGAGGCCCUAUGGACGGCACCUCGUGUUUUCCAGCUCACACUUCACGACGGACGUCACGUGCAUUCAUUCAUGCAGCGAGUGUAUACGGAAUAUCACCUCGUGCUGCGAGUGUGGUAACCUCCGUCGAAAAGAGCGUGUGUAUUGUCACUCACUGACACGACAUGUCCAUGCACCUCAGCGCUAAGCUCGGCAGCUUCGCGCUGUUUUUAAAAGACAAAUGGAGCUGAACAUUGCACGAAGUGUCGUAUGCUUACAACGUGCAUUUAAAUGAGCUUUUAUUUAUUUAUCACCACACCCAUCUCAAACAGAACACGCCGAAAUAAUUUAUGGACAAAGUUUAAUUCUAAAACACGGCGAAAGAAACCUAAAUGCUGUGGGCCAGUCAAGUCAAUUCAUCGAGACUUAUGCCGAGAUGAACCGAGGUGACACGAAUGAGCUUAAAACUUGGAAGAGCA